AUGAUCCUGGCUUCCCCGUUGGUCUUAUUCACCAGCAUCUGGAUUGCACUGAUGCCGGAUAAUUGUGAUGCUUCUGAAAUCACGAAGUCCCACCCGCAGUGCUCCUCUUCAGUGAAAAGAUCCCGGGAUAACAAACAAGAAGCCAGAAUGAGGAAAGAUGACAGUACCAAAGCAUGGCUCCUGCAAUACAAGCAACUUCUCCAUAUAGAGGAACACGACUUUGCAAUGAGACCUGGAUUUGGAGUGUCUCCAGUGCCAGUAGGUAUAGAUGUCCAGGUUGAAAGCAUUGACAGCAUUUCAGAGGUUAACAUGGACUUUACAAUGACUUUUUAUCUCAGACAUUACUGGAAAGAUGAGAGGCUCUCCUUUCUUAGCACAACAAACAAAAGCAUGACGUUUGAUCAUAGAUUGAUCAAAAAGAUUUGGGUGCCUGACAUCUUUUUUGUCCACUCUAAAAGAUCCUUCAUUCAUGAUACAACUGUGGAGAACAUAAUGCUGCGCAUAUACCCUGAUGGAAAUGUCCUCUUCAGUCUCAGGGUAACUGUGUCAGCCAUGUGCCUUAUGGAUUUCAGCAGGUUUCCUCUUGACACUCAAAGCUGUUCCCUUGAACUGGAAAGCUAUGCCUACAAUGAAGAGGAUCUAAUGCUGUACUGGAAACAGGGAAACAGGUCCCUAAAUACUGAUGAGCAUAUUUCCCUGUCUCAGUUCUUCAUUGAGGACUUCAGUGCAUCCAGUGGAUUCGCUUUCUACAGCAGCACAGGUUGGUACAACAGGCUUUUCAUCAACUUUGUGCUAAGGAGGCAUAUUUUCUUCUUCGUGCUGCAAACCUAUUUCCCAGCUAUGCUGAUGGUGAUGCUUUCGUGGGUUUCAUUUUGGAUUGACCAGAGAGCUGUUCCUGCAAGAGUUUCCCUGGGAAUCACGACAGUGCUGACCAUGUCCACCAUCAUCUCUGGCAUGACCCCCUCCAUGCCCCAGGUGUCCUACAUCAAGGCCGUGGACGUGUACCUGUGGGUCAGCUCCCUGUUUGUGUUCCUGUCAGUCAUUGAGUAUGCAGCUGUGAACUACCUCACCACCAUGGAAGAGCGGAAACAUUCCAACAAGACAGGGAAGCCUUCUGGAAUGUAUAAUAUUGAUAGAGUUCAAGCCAUGGCCUUCGAUGGUUGUUACCAUGACAGCAAGACUGAAAUGGACCAGACUUCCUUUUCUCUACACUCAGAAGAGGACUCCGUACAAGAAAGAUCCACAGGCAGUCCCAGCACAAAUUCAUCUCAGAUAAAGAGAAGGCAAUCCUUAGGAGAGGAUGUUGGUGGAAUCAUUCUGGAGAAUAACCAUGUCAUCGACACAUAUUCAAGGAUUUUUUUCCCCAUUGUGUAUAUUAUAUUUAAUUUGUUUUACUGGGGCAUAUACAUGUGAGGAGAAAUUCCCAAUAUAUAAUACUUGUUUGGGAACAGAUUAUGUUAAAAACAACAACAGCAACAAACAACUCUUCACUAUCAGUUUGACAGUACUAGACUAAACUGGGAGUCAGCCAGUCAAGUCUCCUGGAUUACAAAAGAUUUGAAAGUUGACUGAUUUACAUCCAGGCAAGAGUUUAAGGUCCCAGAAGAAUUUGACUCCAUAUAUAAGAGUGACAGGCGUGCAUAUGACAGAAAAACAAUUUCCAUAAGGAAGGACUUUGUAACUACAUCUCCUAGAUCGUCCUUGCUUUAUAAAUAUAUAUUUGUAUUUACCUGAGG